UCUACUACAUUUCUCUUAGAGCUAGCUUCACUUUCAGAGAAUCUCACUUUAUAGAUAUAUAUUUGAUAUUUCCAUAUCUGAGCUCAUCAGCUAGGUGGUAAUUUUCUGUUUGGUGUAAUCACAGGAGAGGGAAGCUAACAAGCUUUUGAUAACAAAGCUUGCUUCAGUGAUCUACAUCACUUUAAGGAAGAAGGAGCUUGGGGGUGGCGUUAGGGGGAGAGAGAGGAUAAGGGAAGAAAGAAAGAGAGUCGAAGCUUUGAUCCUGCAAGAACCAGUGGUGCUCAAUCAAAGGGGGUGGUGCGGGGGGUGGGUCUUAGCCAAGUAAUGCGCUCAGGAGCUUGUACGGUCCAGCAGACCCUCACCACAGAGGCUGCUUCAGUUUUGAAGCACUCUCUUAGCUUGGCGAGGAGGAGAGGCCAUGCUCAGGUCACUCCUCUUCAUGUAGCUGCUACGUUGCUAAGCUCAAGAGCUAGUCUUUUGAAAAGGGCUUGUCUCAAAUCUCAACCUCAUCAAUCUUCUCAUCCUCUUCAAUGCAGAGCUCUUGAGCUUUGCUUUAAUGUCGCACUCAACAGGCUACCAACUACUCCUGGUCCUUUACUUCAUGGCCAGCCUUCUCUUUCCAAUGCUUUGAUUGCUGCACUCAAACGAGCUCAAGCUCAUCAGAGAAGAGGCUGCAUCGAGCAACAGCAACAACAGCCUCUCUUAACAAUCAAGGUUGAGUUAGAACAGCUUAUAAUCUCUAUAUUAGAUGAUCCUAGCGUUAGUAGGGUUAUGAGAGAAGCUGGGUUCUCUAGUACUGCUGUGAAGAACAAUAUUGAGGAUUCUUCAGCUUCUUCUGUGUUUCAGUGUUACACCGCCGCAGGCGGUGGUGGUGGUGUUUUCUCUUCACCUUGUUCUCCUUCUCCUGGUGAAACUCAGAGAGAGAUCAUCAACCCUACAACUUUCUGGCAAACCCAUUUCUUAACUUACUCUUCUGAGAAAAACCCACUUCUAUUUUCUCCUCAAAAGAAGCUCUCAAGCCAUUAUUUCACAGAUUUAGCUUCUGUGAAGGAAGAUAUUAAGUUGGUUUUGGAGAUUUUCUUGAGAAAGAAGAGAAAGAAUACUGUGAUAGUUGGUGACUGUGUGUCUAUAACAGAAGGACUUGUUGGAGAACUGAUGGGAAGAGUAGAGAGAGGAGAUGUUCCAGUGGAGUUGAAACAAAUUCAGUUUGUUAAAUUUCAAUUUGCUCCAGUUUCUUUGAGGUUCAUGAAGAAAGAAGAUGUUGAAAUGAAUAUUUCUCAGCUGAAACGGAAAGUGGAAUCUGCUGGUGAUUGUGGAGCCAUAAUCUACACAGGAGACCUGAAAUGGACAGUUGAAGAAACUGCAAUGAAUGGAGAGGAUUCAGCAGCAACUGGUGGUUAUAGUCCAGCUGAUCAUCUAGUGGUGGAGAUAGGAAGGUUGAUCUCUGAUUAUAGCAACUCAAACAGAAAGGUAUGGUUAAUGGCUACUGCAAGUUAUCAAACAUAUAUGAGAUGCCAGAUGAGGCAACCUCCUCUUGAGAUUCAAUGGGCAUUUCAAGCUGUUUCAGUUCCCUCUGGUGGACUUGGUCUCAGCCUCCAUGCUUCCAGUAUCAAUGAAUCAAGGGUGACCUUCUCCCAAAAUCCAUCUCAGUUACUGGAAACAAAACCUUUCAUUACCAAUGCAAAGGAUGAAGAAGAUAAGCUAACUUGCUGUGCAGAAUGCUUCUCCAGUUAUGAAAAAGAAGCUCAACUCUUAAAACCAGGCCACCAGAAAAAUUUGCCUUCUUGGCUUCAUCCACAAACCACCAAUGCCAAUCAAAAGGAUGAAUUAGCUGAGUUGAGAAGAAAAUGGAACAGAAUCUGCCAAGGUCUGAAUCACCAAGUCAGGCAUAUGCAAAGCCAUUUAGGAUCAUAUUCAUAUGCUUCUUCAUAUCCUUGGUGGUCAAAUCAAAACAAUAUCGUCCCAGAUUCAAAUUCAAUCUCCUUCAGAGAUUCAAUUGUGAAGCCUAAUCAGAUUUCCAGUUUUGUGCCCAAAUUCAGAAGGCAACAAUCAUGCACGAUUGAUUUCAACUUUGGUAGUGAAACCCAGAAGCAGAUUCAGUCAGGGGAACCAAAUUUGGAUUCUCUCAAGAACACUGAGGGUAAGGAAGUUAAGAUCACACUUGCUCUUGGAAAUUCUUUUUGCUCUGAUGUUGGAGAAAGGGAUAAAGAGAGGAAUGAUUUGUUUAAGUUGCUGCAAGAGAAUGUGCCUUGGCAAUCUGAAGCAAUUCAUUCUAUUGUAGAAGCUUUGAUUGAGUCCAAAUCAACAGGCAAAGGGACUUGGCUGCUUAUUCAAGGCAAUGAUACUCUAGGAAAAAGAAGAUUGGCCCUUGCAAUUGCAGAGUCUGUUUUGGGAUCUGUUGAUUUGCUACUCAGCAUGAACAUGAGGAAAAAGGAGAAUAAUGAAGACUCAUGUUUUUCAGAGAAAAUUGAAAAAGGUUUAAGAAAUCAAGAGAAGAUUGUUGCUUUGGUGGAAGAUGUUGAUUUUGCUGAUACCCAGUUGAUGAAACUCCUUGCUGAUGGAUUUGAAACUGGAAAAUUUGGAGAAUCAGGGAAAAUUAGCCAAUCAGUGUUCAUUUUGACAACAGGUGGCAAUUUCAUGAGCUUGGAAGAUGGGAAGAUGGAUCAAGAUUCUGUCAUCAGGAUGACUAUGGAAGUGAAGGAAAAAGCUCAAACCAACAACAUGGGUUGUAAGAGAAAAGCUGAGUGGGACAUUUCAAACAACACCAAGACUUCAAGAAUCAAUGAAAACAAAGAUGUUGAAAAUGGAAACAUGAAAAAGGACUUCUCAAGGCAAUCAAGCUUCAACACACUUGAUCUCAACAUCAAGGCAAAUGAAGAAGAUGAAAGUGAAGAGAAACAAGGGGAAUAUUAUAGCCCGAUUUCGAGCGAUUUAACUCGUGAGACGAUCUCUGAUCUAGUUACUCAACAUGGGUUUCUCGAUUCAAUAAAGAACAGGUAUGUUUUUGAUAGAAAUCAAGCUCAGGAAAAAGAGAUGACAAAGUCUUUAUCAUCCAGGAUGAAAAGGGCUAUGGAGGAAAUAUUUGGGGAUCAAAAUGUAAAUGGUUUUAGCAUUGAAGAGAAGAUAUUAGAAGAGAUAGUAGAUGGAUAUGGUUGUUUUGUUAACAGUUUGCUUGAAAGAUGGAUGAAAGAAAUCUUUCAAUCAACUUUGCAAAGAGUUAAAAUUGGGGAGAAAAAGAGUUUGGGAAUUAGGGUUUGUUUUGAAGGGAGAAGUGAGAGAAAUUUGGAGGAUGGGUUCAUGGGAACAUGUCUUCCAAAGAAAAUCCAAGUUUCUUUCAUGGACUAACUAAAGUUUAAAUCUUUUUUCUUUUGUAAAAUCUUUUACCACAAACAAUCUCCUUUGUGUAACUGCUAAUUUUCAUAAUAGGUUGUGUUUUGGUUUC